AUGGCCACGUUACUCGACAUUGAAGGAACCGUGUGUUCGAUUUCGUUUGUGCACGACAUUUUGUUUCCCUAUGCACUCGAAAAGCUGCCUCAAUUGCUCAAAAACGAACAGUUCCCCAUCAAACCAGGCGGGAACCAGACCUCAGACCUGACUCCAUACCUGGAGAGCUUCCCGGAGGAGUACAAACAGAGCGCCCAGGCCCUGGAGGACCACGUGAUUGAUCUGACGGAGAAGAACGUUAAGGCUCCCUACCUCAAGGCUCUUCAGGGCUACAUUUGGAAGAGUGGUUACCAGAGUGGGGAAAUAAAGGCUCCUCUGUAUCCCGAUGCUGUGGACUACAUGAAGCGGGUUGUGGACGGCGGCAACAAGGUGUUCAUCUACUCGUCAGGAUCUGUGCCUGCUCAGAAGUUGCUGUUUGGGUACUCGUCAGCCGGCGAUCUGACUCCGCUGAUUUCGGAUUACUUUGAUACCGUCAACGCCGGACCCAAAAUGGAGGCUGCGAGCUACACAACUAUCCUCAAGGCCAUUGGUUUCGAGGCUGACAGGGUACUCUUCUUGUCCGACAAUGUGCGUGAAAUUGAAGCUGCUAAGAAGGCCGGUCUGAGAGCCUAUGUCGCCGAGCGGCCCGGAAACGCCAAGCUGACGCCCCAGGAGAAGGAGGACAAUGUCAUCAAGACCAGUUUUGAGGGAAUUGAGAUCUAG